CAGCCAUGCCCCCAAGCCUAAGGAUAUUUCUCUUUUUGAUGUUCACAAAUCAUGCUGAGACUGGAAGUCACCAGGACGUCAGCCAGGAUCUGCCUCCACAACUACAAAAGACUGUGGAAGAUGUCAUUGCCGGAAAGUAUCUUAAUGCUUUCCUGGACAUACUUCAUUUCCAAAGCACUAAUAUCUGGACCACAGAUAUGCUUAACAAAAUCAUGGCAUAUUUCCACUCUCGGAAUAUUGUAAUUACUUACAGCAGUUUACAGGUGUCCAUAAGGAAUUACUUGGAGAGACUCUUAUACCACCCCAAAGUGCUGCUAUCAGAGUUCCGUCAGAUGGGUCAUCAGCAUUUUCAAACGGCAAUGAAAUAUCUAUUUGAAAGCAAGCAGGUCCACUUGGAAUUGGGAAAUAUAAUCCUUGAUUUAGCUGGGAUAAGAGAGAAGAUUUUCCAAAGUCCUGGAGGAAACAGGACUUUGUUCCUUAUUACACUGGAGAGGUGCUUUAUGACAUUGAACCCCAUGGAAUGUGUGGAUAUAUUAAGCCAAGUCUUGCGAGCUUCUUCCAUGUCUUAUCUCCAGCUCCAUACCAUAGCAAGCCUCCCCCAAGAUCUUCAGGGAGAUGCAUUUCGGAACCUGUCAACAGUAUUCAAAGACCUGUAUGACAGAAUAACAGCAAAUGCACAACGAGCUCUUUAUGAAUGGAUGACACCGAUCCUGCAAAAAUCCUAUAAUGCCAGUGAGACAGAGAAUUCCACCUCGUGGGUCACUGCAGAAAACCUGGGGAUUUUGGGAAGGUACAUGGUUCACCUCCCAUUAGAAGAAAUCAGGAAAAUUAACUCUAACGAAAUGAGGCUGUUCAUUGGUUAUGACAACGCAACAAAGCAACUAGAUACCGUGUAUGACAUCACACCGGGUGUUGCGCAGGCCUUUUUGGAAAGAAUCAGUGCCUCAGGAUUUGACAUGAGGAACACAUCAACUCUCUACAGGUUAGGUUUGCUUGUUUGUUUUUAUGAUGACCUAGAGCAGAUGGAUGCUGCUGUGGCCCGUGUUUUACUUCAUCAGAUGAUUAAAUGUAAUCAGCUGCGAGGCUUUCAAGCCGGACACCAGAAGCUCAAAUCUCAACUUCUCGAUAUUGCCAUGGGAAACCAGACCUUGAAUGACACCCUUGGGUUGCUCUCAGACGCAGUCGUGGGGUUGACAUCCAGCCAGCUGGAAUCUCUCUCGCCCAUGGCUGUGCACAAGGCAAUUUCGACGUUAAACCAAGUCUCCGGAUGGGCCAAGAGUCAAUUGGUGAUUUUAGCCAGCAAAUACCUUGAAUAUGAAAAGGCAUUAUCGUUUCAUAACAUCAGUCAAAUGGGUGCUUUGGUGACGGGGAUCGCCGCUGAGUCUUUCCACAGCAUGAACCCCAAAGAGCUUUCCCAGGUGAUCAGAGGCACACUGGCUCAACAUGCAUCUGAUCUGUCUCCAGCACAACAACAAGGGAUCCUCCGGAAGAUGAUUGCAACCGCAGAACUGCCAUUGGUGAUUGCUGACAUCCAAGGAGCCUUUUUCAAGGAAGUGUCUCUUUUCAAUUUAUGGAAGGAAGAAGGCUUCAACUCUUCACUGGUGAAAGACAAAGAAUUAAAGCCCAGUCAGGCCUUGUUUCUGUAUGAAUUGUUGUCCAGGAAGACUCCUCCUUCUGACUUAUUAAGCAUUGUCCAGUUAGUGAAAGGAGUAACCUGUCGGCAGGUUGAAAGUAUGAGCACCAUCUCUUUUCUAAACAUUUUCAACAUUUUUGAAAAGAAUCUACAUUUACUUUCACCAUACCAGAUAAAUUGUUUGGCGUGGAAAUUUUGGCUUAUCUCCAACAUAUCCAUUCCUCCUUACCUCUUAUCUGUGCUCCCUGCUGAAUAUCUGGACUCUCUUACGGGAUCGCUUUGCACACCUUUUGUGAACAGCCUGGGGAAAGUCGAACUGGAUCAUCUUAUUGUAAAUGAGCACAAAAAGAAAACGAUCCUGCAGAAAGUCCAGGAAUGCCUAAAUGGUUCACUGGUUGACGAAUACGACAUUGACUUCCUGGGAAAUCUCAUCUGCCAUUUACCACCAGCGUUAAUUUGUGAUGGAAUCUCACUGGAAACCAUGACGACAGUUCUUCACCAGUUCAGGCAGUGCCGGCAGCUUAACCAUGAGCAGAAGAUGGAAAUUAAACACAGACUGAUUGAGAUAUAUGGCUCCCCCAGAAACUGGACAGUUGAAACGAUGCAAGAUAGCAGGCCUUUUGUAGGCCUUUUGUCCAAAGCUGAAUUAAACAUCCUCGUUGAAAAGUUUCCAGAUAUCAUCAUACAAAUAACAUCAAAGACGACUGGGCCAGUUCCUCCUACUGAGGAUCUCCUGUUGGUUCAAUUUGAAUCUCUUCAUAGCUCAGUCAGAGCUUCUGAUCAAUCUCCUGAUUGUACAGACGUCCCAGAGCCUUCCUUUGAUGAGAUUGUCAGGUUAUCAGAAGCCAAUGUGUUUUGGUCAGUUCAGGAGCUCGGCUGCAUGAAUUCCGACACUUUCGCUCAGACUGUGGAACUCCUUGGCUCUCUCCGUGGUUUCCAUGCUUCUCAGCUGACUGUGUUGAAAGAGAAAGCUAAGCAGGUCUGGGGGCCGUUGCUCAGCUGGAAAAGUUUUCAGGUUGUUUCCUUGGGGCGAAUCGCCACAGCACUCAACGAGACUGAAAUCAGAGAGCUGGAUUUGAGUUCUGUUGACACGGUGGCUGCGCUUAGUCAGCAAACGGAGUGGAACCCUCUGCAGGCAAAAUCCAUCUUACAGGGGUUUCUAGAAGACUCGGGGCAAGCGAUGGACACUCUGAAAAGCUUUGAGCUGGCUGGUUUAGGUGCCACUCUUUGCACUUUGAACUCCACAGAGAUUGCAGCCAUCAAGCCUCUGGAAUUUGGGGCGGUUGUGGCCAGGAUUGGCUCUUUCCCAUGCAGCAUAAGCGUUCUGAAAGAAUUUAAAAAGAAGGCUGAGUCCGUAUUUGGAGGCACUGCCAGAUGGAACGGAGCCGUCUUACAAGAGAUUGGUACCAUUGCAGCUGGUUUGAGCAAGGGAGAAUUAAAAGCUCUUGAUAAAGAAUUGAUGCCUUACUUCCAAGCGGCGGCAAUAAAAUGCAUCCCUGAAGAAAUGUUCAAAGAACUCUCCCCAGAACAAAUAGCAAGCCUGGGCCCAGAAAAUGCAGCCAUGGUUACAGAGUCCCAACGUCAAUGGCUCAACGAUUCGCAGCUCCAGAGCCUGCAUCUGGCCCUAGACGGAGCCCGAGCGAUUAUCCACGAUGCUCCCCUUGGGGAAAGCACAGCUAGGCCCACCUACACAUCAGUUCUGAGCAGUUCACCCUUCUCCUACAGCUUCAGUUUCUUGGUGUGCACUCUCUUCACCCUCUGUGCUGCUUCCUGAAUCUGCUGACCACUGUUGCAGUUUACAGUAAGCA